AAACCCAGGGCCACACUGACGGCAGGAACAACAAUUAUGCCAGUAGGGGGCAGUGUGACACUGACCUGCUCUGUGCAGAGCUCUGAUGGAUGGAAAUAUGAGUGGUUCAGACGAACCCAAACAACCUCUGAAGUUCAAAUCAGAGAUCAACAAAACAGAGAUAUCAGAGUAUCUCAAGGAGGAAUCUACAGCUGCAGAGGAACAAGAGGAAACCCAGUUUACUACACUGAUAUGAGUGAUGAUGUCACCAUUGAGAAAACCUUUUCCAAUAAAGUUGUUGUAAAACAACAACCCAACUGGCCUCAGAUAUUCAGAGGUGAGACGAUCACUCUGACAUGUGAGGUGCAGGAAGGAGGUGAAACCACUGAGUGGGAGUAUGAAUGGAGAGGACCCAGGACACCCACACAGUGGACACACAAUAAGGAUGUGACAUUCAGAGUUUCUGAGUCCAGCAGUGGAGACUACAUGUGUAAGAGUCGACGCAGAGAUGACUCAUAUUCUUCAACAGAGUGGAGUGAAGCCUUCACAUUGUCAGUAUCAAAUAAACCCAGGGCCACACUGACAGCAGGAACAACAAUCAUACCAGUAGGGGGCAGUGUGACACUGACCUGCUCUGUGCAGAGCUCUGAUGGAUGGAAAUAUGAGUGGUUCAGACGAACCCAAACAACCUCUGAAGGUCCAAUCAGAGAUCAACAAAACAGAGAUAUCAGAGUAUCUCAAGGAGGAAUCUACAGCUGCAGAGGAACAAGAGGAAACCCAGUUUACUACACUGAUAUGAGUGAUGAUGUCACCAUUGAGAUAACCUUUUCCAAUAAAGUUGUUGUAAAACAACAACCCAACUGGCCUCAGAUAUUCAGAGGUGAGACGAUCACUCUGACAUGUGAGGUGCAGGAAGGAGGUGAAACCACUGAGUGGGAGUAUGAAUGGAGAGGACCCAGCACACCCACACAGUGGACACACAAUAAUGAUGUGACAUUCAGAGUUUCUGAGUCCAGCAGUGGAGACUACAUGUGUAAGAGUCGACGCAGAGAUGACUCAUAUUCUUCAACAGAGUGGAGUGAAGCCUUCACAUUGUCAGGAUCAACAGAUAAACCAAAGGCCAAACUGAGAGCUGAUAACACAGCUGUUCCAGUAGGGGGCAGUGUGACCCUGACCUGCUCUGUGAACCCAUCAUCAUCAUCUGGAUGGAAAUACUACUGGUACAGAGAUGAGAAAUCCUCUGAAGCCCUGACCACACAAGAUGCAGUUUUCCACUCAAAUGGACAAAUCAGUGUCUCACAGGAAGGACUCUACAGGUGCAGAGGAGGAAGAGGAAACCCAGUUUACUACACAGAGGACAGCCAGUCAGUCAGGAUUGGGAAAACUGCAGCACCUGAGCCUGAAAGCGCUUCAUUUCUCACUCCUUUGAUUGUUGGACUUGUUUGUGGAAUUUUACUGAUUCUUCUUCUGCUGCUGUUGUGUCGCUUCAAACAGGAUUCAUUCUUUACCAGGACUCGGAGCACAAAUCAGAGCUCUGCUAUGAACCACAUGAUCAAGGAUGAAGCUCAACACAGUCAACAUGCUUCUACUCUUCAAGGUGAUGCUUGUGUUUAUGAAUCAAUCAAAGACCACGAUGACACACAAAAUGAUGACAGUGUGUUGUAUGCACAGGUCUCCCAUGAUAGAGCUAAAACCAAGAAAGACAACGAUGACAGCCUGUUGUACGCACAGGUCUAUUACAAUAAAGUGAAACCCAAGAGACACAAAGGGAAACCAGCUCCUGCAGCAGCUGAUGAAACAGUUUAUUCUGAAGUUAAAUCACAAACAGCUCUGGAUUAAUAACAAGAUCUGCAAAACCAACUGGAUCAGUGACAAAACUGAGUUUCAUUUGAAUUUAAGAGAUCAUUGGAGAAAUUGAGAUUAUGCACUGUUUUAUAAAAUAAAGUAAAAUAAAAAUUUUUUUCAUCAU